AUGAGGGUAUUCGUAUUUGUCACCUUAUUUGCUUAUGCUUUGGCUGAACCACCGGUUGGGAAAGGUUAUGCAUCAGCUCGAUCCAGCUACAACCCAACUAGUGAUUUCCAACGUUCCAUUUCCCAAGAAUAUGGCGUACCAGAAUUUGGCCAAGCCAGAUCUCAAUCGCUCUCCUCGUAUAUCCCUUCUUCUAGAAGUUUAUCACAAGAAUAUGGAUCACCAGCACGAUCGAGUCUAUCUCAAGAAUAUGGAUCACCAGCUCGAUCGAGUCUAUCUCAAGAAUAUGGAUCUCCAGCUCGAUCGAGCCCAUCUCAAGAAUAUGGCACCCCAAAUCUUAGAUCAGGAAUUUCACAAGAAUACGGCCUUCCCAGCUCAAAAUCUGGUCUUUCCCAAGAAUAUGGAGUACCCGAUUCACGUAGCUUGUCCCAACAAUACGGGGCCCCUAUUGCUCGCAACACAAUUUCCACGGAAUACGGGACUCCAUCUAGUCACUCUCAAGAUAGGAAUCUUCCUAAUGCCCGUCUUUCUCAAGAAUAUGGUGCACCACAAUUAAGAUCCGACUCCCAAGACUACAAAACCAUAGGAGAUUUUACAAAAGAUUCUUAUGGAACUCCUCUUCAAAGAUCCCCUUCAAACUUGUAUGAACAGCCCGAAUUUCGUUCUACUCCUUCUGAGGAAUAUGGUUUGCCAUCUCAAAGAAGUUUUGAACAAUCUCCUUCUCAAAAAUAUGGCCAACCGAGCUCAAGGAAAAUUCAAAACUUUAAUUCAUUUUCUCAAGUUAACUCUUUCCCUUCAGCCAGGCAAAAUAAACAUUCCACCGUAUCAAGGAAUUUCCAAUCUUCAUCUUACUCAAAAACAUCACCGCAAACUUUUGGUUCAUCGCGUUCAGUUUCUUCUCAAUACGGUACACCGAGUGCAAGAAAUAUUGAUUCUUACUCCCCUACCUCAAAGUCUAUUUCCAAAUCCUAUCUUCCAAGCUCAAGGACGAUCUCACAGAAUUAUGGUGUACCAAAUGAAAGGAGUCUUUCAACUGAAUAUGGAGCACCUGAAGCUAGAACUAAUCUGAAUACAAACGCUUUCACUUCUUCUUAUGAUACGGCUUCUCUUGCUAGGUCAUCCCCAUCCCUUUACGACGUCGCAGCUGCCAGAGAUUCAAUGCCGUCUGAUAACUACGGAGUACCUGACCAAUACAAUGCGGUUUCCAAUCAAGGGUACAACUAUGCCAGAAAUGCACUCGAUGAACUGUUAAACCAAGAACCAGCUAAUUACGAAUUUGGUUACAAAGUCAGUGACAUCGAUAGUGGAAGCGAUUUCGGACACACGGAGUCAAGGCAAGACAACAAAGCUGAGGGAUCAUACUUUGUAGUUCUACCUGACGGCACGAAGCAGACUGUUGAAUAUGAAGCCGAUGAACGUGGCUUCAAGCCUAGGAUCUCAGUUGAACCAGCGGAUGUCAGGGCUGGGUACGAUGACAACGCGUCUGAUCUGGCCCGUUCUGGUGAUGGACCUUAUUAAAAGGGAAAAUAAACGAAAUAUGCUCAAUGUAACUUUGACUUUAUGACGUUUCAAGUCGAUGCGAUUCAUGUUUUCGUCUUAACGAGGUUAUUAAAUUGCAUUUUCCUUUCAUUAGUAUUAUACUAUAAAUUUUUCUCUUAUCUUGUUAUUCAACGUAAAUAAAGCGCUGUUUUUGUUGUGUUA